AUGGGUGGGAUGCGAGGGCUGGUGCAAAGGGAGCUUUCCAGGCUGGAGGGAGAGAUUGGCAAAGAUUCCGAGGGAGGCAAGAGCACAACAAUUGUGGAGACAGUGAAUGACGGGCAGUUUCACAGUGUAGAACUGGUGAUGCUGAACAAAUCGCUGAACUUGGUGGUGGAUAAAGGAGUCCCGAAGAGCCUGGGGAAGCUUCAGAAGCAGUCAGCAGUGGGCAGCAACAGCCCCCUCUACCUUGGAGGCAUCCCCACCUCCACCGGCCUCUCGGCCCUGCGCCAGGGCGCUGACCGGCCGCUGGGCAUCUUCCACGGCUGCAUCCACAAGGUGCGCAUCAACAACGAGCUGCAGGACUUCAAGGCGCUCCCGCCGCAGUCGCUGGGGGUCUCGCCAGGCUGCAAGUCCUGCACUGUCUGCAAGCACGGCCUGUGCCGCUUGGUGGAGAAGGACAGCGUGGUGUGAGAGUGCCACCCGGGCUGGACCGGCCCACUGUGCGACCAGGAGGCCCAGGACCCCUGUCUCAGCCACAGCUGC